CGCCGGCAUCCCCCGCCUCGUGUAUUCUGCGCUGCAGGGCGCGAUGGGGUUCGUCUUCUCCAAGGCCAUGAACGACAGCCUGAAAGCGCAGCAGGAGUUUAUGCGGCUGCAGCUGGAAAGGCAACUCGUACUGCAGAACCUGAUGAGAGAGAGACAAACAGCCAUGCAGAUUGCUUGGACACGAGAAUUUCUCAAAUAUUUUGGGACAUUUUUUGGACUUGCUACUGUAGUUUUAACAACUGGAGCAGUAAAAAGGAAGAACCCAGCAGUUUUACUGCCAAUACUUCCCUUAAGCUUUGUAUUUUGCUAUCAAUAUGAUAUGGGAUAUGGGACACUGUUGCAAAGGAUUAAAGGCGAAGCAGAGAACAUACUUGACACACAGAGCACCUUGCUAGAAUUGCCGAAAGGACCUCUCACAUUUGAAGAUUUGGAGAAAAUCAGAUUAUCUCAGAGCAAUUGCUUUACAGAAAAAUAGGAAGAUGGUAUUAAAGCUACAUAUCUGAAAAGUGAUUAUAGUACUGCAUUUCAACAUAAAUAAUUAAAAUUUUGAUAAGAUUAUGAGUGCUUGUAAAAUCAAAAUCUAAUUAAUUUUUAAGAAUUAGUACUUUCUAAAGCAAUUGGUUUCAUGUUAUGUGUAUCUCUUAAAAUAAUUAAUUAUUCUGUAGUAUAUUUU